AUGGAUAAUAACCACUUGGACAAUAACACCACUGCACUAUCUGAGGAUGACACAACGAAUUGUAGUUAUUAUGCAACCGAUUAUCUUGAAGAGCGCUUUUGGCUUGUAUCAGUUGUUGGUACUUCGGUUGCAACCUUAUCUAUCAUACAAAAUUCAUUUUUGUUUGCUACACUGAUUGCUAAAAAAUCUCACCGUCAAUCUUACGUACUAUACUUUAUCUUAUUAGCAUUUUUUGAUAUAUUAAUAGCUGGUGCUUACAUUCCAUUAAUGUCGAUAUCACAGCUUGCUGAUUACUUCAUGUCACCGUUACUACUUCAAGCUUGGUAUAGCUAUAUGAUACCAAUGAUAACGAUAUCACAUAUAGCGAUGACAUCGUCGUCAUUUCUUAUACUUGCGGCAACAUUUGAAAGAUACUGUAUGACAGUUGCGCCACGAAUGAUAGAUUGUUUAAAUCGCUAUCGUGAUUACAUUGCUGCUUUCGAUAUAAUAGUUGGUGUGAUGACUAAAUCAUCACUUGCACUCGAAUUUAAGAUUAAACAAAAUACUGCAUGUGCGGGAAAAAUGGCGGAAUAUAUAUUAGAACUUUCCUCUCUUGCACUUAAUCCAACAUAUAAUGUAUUGUGGCGUUUUUGGUUCCGUAAUAUUAUCACAAUUUUGUUACCAUUUUUUUUGCUUGCUUUUUUUAAUGGUCAAAUUGUAAUUGUGCUACAACGAAAUCAACAUACUUCCCAAAUCGAUGAACUUGGUAAAAAUCAAAUAAAGGGUCGUGUACGAACAGCCACAAGAACACUUGUAUUUGUUGUUUUUACCUAUCUUCUUUCCAACAUAUUAAAUGUUAUCGUUACAAUUUGGGAGUAUAUUGAUAUGGAAGGUUUAAUGACGGAACAUACUGCAUUGUAUAUAUUUUGCACUGAUUUAGUUUCACUAUUCACUACUUUGGCUGGCUCACUACGUUUAUCUAUUUAUGCGAUGUGUAAUCCACAAUUACGGUUAGAAUUUAAACAAGAAGCUGGGAAAAUUUUGAAAUUACCAUCAAAAUUUAAGAUUGUUACCUUUCAAGGGUUUACCUCAGCCAAUAAGCGAAAGAAUCGACGAAAACAAUACAAUGAUUACGUUGCUACAAUCACAGAGUGUUGCACUUAA